AUGCGUUUUUCCUUAGCUAUGCUAGCUGUGGCUAUCGGAGUGACUGCUCACAAAGAAAUCGCCAAAUUACCCACUGGAAUGUCUUGGGAAGAAUGGCACAUGAAGGAAGAACAUCAGUUGGAUGGCUUCGACGCUGAAUCUUUCUUCACCCUCCACGACUUGCAAAGCAAGGGCAAGUGGAAUUCGGAUGACCUCUUAUAUCUCUACGGAUUGACCCGUGACUCUGUGGUCGGUGACGGCUCGGGGAUGGGCGCACAUGACCACGAAGAAUCCAUUAACUCAGAAGUGAAGAAGAGAGUUCUUAACAAGUUGUUGACCAUAUUGGAUGCAAAUUCCGACGGUGAGGUUACCAAGGAGGAAUGGAUUUUAUUCAGCCAGCAUGGUGGUCACUUGCCAGACUUGGGGCUUGGGCCAGGUCACCAUUUGGACUUUGAGGCCGAAUACGAGAAUCACCACUGGAACAAGUACCACCGUGACCAGGACCCAGAUGUCCAUAUCAAGCACAAGGAGGACAUUGAGCACGAGCUCUUGCAUCACGAGCACGAGAUUGAGGAGACUCACGACCAGAACCCUGAAGCAAGGGACAUUGGUAAAAACUUCUUGAGUCCAAUCAAGCUUGACAAUGUUCCUCCUAAGUAUGUGGUCUGA